AUGCCAGUCCCAGCGCCGGCUCCGGCUGUGGCGAAGCAUGUGCCGACGCUUGAAUCGAGCUCUAUUCACAAAGUCGUCUCGGAAGUCAACACUGCAACUGGUCUGGAGCUCAUUGUCGAAACCGAUGUUUGCAGACCUGACAUCAUGCCUAUGAUGGAAGGUCACAAGGUUGAUGCCGUAGGCUUAUGCACCCCAUCAGUCUACGCGGACAUCACUUUUACGAUAGGCAACUACAUUUUGGACAAGUACAAUCCACCAGGACCGGAACGAAUUGUCGACGUUGGCAACAUGAGAAUUGAGAAACCUCUUAUCCCAGCAAGCAGGAAGAUUCAUUCCCUGCAGACUUGCGUUCAACUAGACUGGGUUACGAAGUACGCCAAAGCACUCUACAAGACAGUAGAUGAGAAUGGCGUGGAGAUCGUCAAACACGCGACUGCGGGUUUGAGCUUCAGAACAAACGACCACUCCCAUAGCCUUGAGGGUGCACCGAUCAAAGCUGCGAAGACACGCUACAGUGAAAUGCGACAAGAUUGCCUGACCGGUUCCACAUACCGUUUCAAUAGUGACAUGGCAUACAACAUGAUCUCAGCCCUCGCGGACUUCCACGAGGACUAUGGUUGCAUCGACGAGACCAUCUACAGUGAUUCCACCUGGGAGGCGUCAGCGACGGUCAGCUUCGCGCAGAUGAAGCAAGGCGGGACCUUCCACACCCAUCCUGGUGCCAUUGAUGGCUUUACGCAAUCUGCAGGUUUCACCAUGAAUGCCAAUGAAACAGUGGAUUUGGACAAGGACAUCUAUGUCAAUCACGGUUGGGACUCGUUCCACGUGUAUGGGCCUGUCAGACAUGACUGUUCGUACGGUACAACCUCAAGCGAAGAUCGAGUGCCGUCAGCGACCCCAAAAAGUCGCAUUCCUGAAGCUCUUGCAAUCGUCUCCGAGCAAAGCGGAGUACCGAUCGCCGAGCUACAAGAUGAUACUGUUCUCGCGGAUAUUGGCGUUGACUCCCUGCUCACCCUGACCAUUACAGGUGCAUUUGCAGAUCACUUCGACAUUGAAGCUGAUACGAGCUUUUUCGACGAUCAUCCCACGAUUGCAGAUGUAAAGCGCUUCUUUGCGGCGAAAGACGAGGAAUAUGCAAUACCAACGACAGAGACUGCUGCACCACAACCGGUGGCACACCAGGCUCCACUGUCAAUGGCAUCCAUGCAGUCGAGUGCGUCUCCGAGCUCGCACAACGGACCGCAGCCGGUAGCACCAGCGCCUGCAUCCGUGGCAGCCCCAAUGCCAAUGCAGAGUGUAUCAGCUGGGAGUGAGAGGCAUAAACAGCUGCUUACAAUCCUCUCGGAGGAAAGUGCGCUGUCCUUGGACGACUUGACCGAUGACCACAAUCUGCUCGACGCUGGGGUUGACUCGCUGCUGUCCUUGGUGAUUGGCGGCCGACUUCGAGAGGAAAUGGACCUCGACAUUGAUACUGAGUCACUUAUCAGCACGUGUGGAACCGUCGGCAAUCUGAAGAGUGCUCUCGGUCUUGAUGCGCCAACGCCAGACAUCGCACAACCCCUUACACCUGUCGCCGCGCCUGUCUGUUCACCUCCAGCUCUACCCCCACCGACGCAAAAAAUACGGCUCAAUCCCAUGGCGACACCAAUCCAGAAAGACAGCAUGUAUCCUCGAGCCUUGGAGAUCCUGUGCGAAGAAACUCAGAUCCUACUGGCAGACCUGACAGAGGAUACGAUCCUGAGCGACGUUGGCAUUGACUCUCUGCUUUCCCUAGUCGUGACCUCUCGCUUCCGAGACGAGCUAGAGAUCGAGCUCGACGCCGACGAAUUCGCCAACUUCACAACUAUGCACGACAUGAAAGACUGGCUAACAGGCCGAAACACCUCCACGCCCUCAGCCUCGACCACGUCUUCACGACCCACGUCGUUCGACGGGAACACGCCAUCAGCAGGCUGCACCCCUCUCACAGCCACCUCAGUCGCCCUUCAAGGCACAACCAAGACCGCCGCACGCUCGCUCUGCCUCUUCCCCGACGGCAGCGGCAGCGCAACAAGCUACGUCUCUCUCCCUCGCGUGGCUCCAGAUCUCAUCGUCUACGGCCUCAACCCUCCUUUCCUCAAAGACGCAACUGCCAUGUCAAACUUCUCGUUCGACAACAUCUGCCAAGCGUUCAUCACUGGGAUCCGCCGUCGUCAGCCCAUGGGCCCCUACGAUUUCGCUGGCUGGUCAGCUGGCGGAGCUCUUGCCUUCCGCAGUGCUCAGAUUAUGCACUCACAAGGCGACAAGAUCAACACCUUGGCCCUGGUCGACGCCCCCGUUCCCAAGGGUCUCGGUGAACUUCCUCAGCGGUUGUAUGAUUAUCUCUCUUCCUUUGGAGUAUUCUCGCCGCCUUCGAAGAAGAGCAACAGCAGUGAUAAAACUCCGCCGGAAUGGCUGAUACCUCAUUUCAAGGCUAUGACGAAGGCUUUGCACACCUACCACGCCGCCUUCUUACCGUCUGGUGCUAUCCCUAACGUUAGCAUUCUUUGGGCGGGAAGGAGUAUCAUUGACAGUGUGGGUGCUGCACCGUUCCAGUUGGAGCCUGGCGAUUCUCCUGACGGGGGGUUCUUGACGGAGACGAGGAAAGAUUUUGGCCCGGGAGGAUGGGGCGCAUUGCUGCCUGGCUCGAAUGUGAGGUGUGGGAAAGUGGAGAAUGCGGAUUAUUUUGAGAUGAUGAGACUGCAUUGGGCACAGCACGUUUCGACCCGUUUUGCGGAGGGCUUGAGAUGA